AUGGAAGAAAGAGAAAAUAAGUUUUAUCAUCUGUAAACAAAUAAUAAUAACAUAUAAAUAACAACAUUUAUCCCACACUUCACAUUUCUUGAUUCACCGCCGAUGACCGUGAGCUGGGAUACCUUCCCUUCCAGACGGUUUCGCUGCCGGUGGUCAGACAUUUCACUGUAUGGAAGGUUCAAAUGGAGUGUCAAACUCAAGUAAUUUUUCAUACACAAACCUGAAACAAAUGUUGCAUCCCCCUAUAAGCCCCUUGCUAUGUAUUUCUCCUCCGCCAUCAGAGGGCAAAUAUAACGUGGAUGGACAAUAUAGCCAUCAACGCUGUUCCUCCGAGAGUGUGGCCAUUGAGGAGCAGCCCUCUUGGGUUGCUGACCUACUCGAUGAGCCAGAAAUGCAGCCCAAAACGCAUAGGCGUUCAGCUAGUGACUCUUCUGCAUUAUACUUCGAUGCAUCAACUGGGACAUCUGAUACAAUGCCACCAAAUAUGGCUGUUUUUAAUCCUUGGAUGAGCCCUCAAAAUGUGGUUCAUCGCGGGGAUCCAAUGCUUGCUUCGUUCAAUGCUAAUGCAAAUGGUAAUAGGGGACAACCUAGUAGAUUUAGUACUGAAGCACUCUUGAAUCAUAGCAUAUUUUCUGUUGGAGACGGAAUGAUGCUGCAAGGUCCGGGAGCCACUAGUGGUCCGCUAGCUGAUCAGGAACUGUCCUUGGCAGCAGAGGCGAAUGGACAAACUGAAUCUGGUGAAAGUAGUGAUCAGUCGCAGGCUAAGUCGAAAGCAGAAGCAAAACGCGCCAAACAGCAAUCAGCUCAUCGAUCACGGGUCAGGAAACUUCAAUACAUAGCUGAACUUGAAAGGCAUGUACAACUAUUUCAGACUGAAAGCUUAAAACUAGCAGGAGAAUAUGAGUUUCUUGAUCAACAGAAUCUUAUAUUAGGCAUGGAAAACAGAGCCUUGAGGCACCGUUUAGAAAGUCUAUCACAGGAGCAGCUACUUAGGAACAUGGAGCAUGAUAUGCUAGAGCGAGAGCUUAUCAGACUUCAGAUGUUAUAUCAAGUACAGAGGCAGCAACUGCAACAGCAAAGCCAGCUCUAUCCAAAGCAUCGACGGUCCAAGAGUAGAGAUUGUGGAAACAAAUCUUUAAAGAACAAGGAAGCUGCAGGUUCCAGCCACGUCUCGUUUGGAGAUGUUGAAUCCCACCUUGCUAGCCUGUCGUUAGCGCCAAAGGAAGCCAGUUCUUAGCUGUGCUUCAUUUGAUGCUUCAAUGUGCAUGCUUUUUGUCUUUUCUUUUCUUCACUUCACUUCACUGUUUUAUUGUAGUAGUACUACUGUAAUCGUAGAUGGAACAAAGGGCGAGAAGCCAACCUCAGCCCAAACCUCAGGGCUCAGACCCUGUAAGGCUGUAACGACAAUUUUACUGACCAAUCCCACCUCUGUCCCAACUGACCAAUCCCACCUCUGUCCCAACCUCAGAACCUGUAACGACGACAUUACUGACCUAUCGCAGAUGUAUCAUAAGAAACCAUGAUUCUGUUUGUUUGAUUUGGCAGGCAUCGAGUUGAAACUUAAAAUCAUGUCUCUGCCUUCCCUAAAUGGAAAACUUUGCAGUAUAUAUUUGUUGAUAUUGUGUUUUUAUG